AUGCCACAUAAGCCCCGACUUCCAUCCCGAGCUUGUGAUAGCACUUGUACUAGUAGUCGUCAUAUUGCUACAAAUGCUGAUGCUCGUUACAGGAUAGCGCAAUUCGAAAACACUUUAAGCGAAUCGUACAUCAUACCGCAAGUUACUAAAAGCACUAUUUUGCUCUCAUUUGAUCCCAAUCAGCUAGCUUUUCAUUCUACCAUGUCUGCCCGUCAAGCCAAGCGUCUAGCCAAGGAGCGUGAUGCCGAUGUGCUCGUGACACGCGAUGACGAGGAAGAGAGCUCGGAGGACGACGAGCUGCUGGAGAACAAGCGGACGGUUGCUGGAGGUUUUGCUUUUCUAGCAGACUCAGAUUCAGAAUCAGAAAAAAGUGACAACAUCGAGGAAGACGAUCGAGACGAUGAUCAGCAAGAGGAAGGAGUUGGAGACGUUGAAGAGAAGACGGAGAUGUCGAUGGUGAUGGUGGAUCUGGCGCCUUGUAAGGGGAAGAAGAAGAAGAACAAGAACAAUAAUAAGAAGAAGGACAAGCGACAAAAAGGUCGGGUGGAGAGAGAGGAAGACGAGGAGAAGCAGUCGGUGGACGACAUGCUGGACGCGUUGGCGGCAGAUAAGUGCAGCGUUGACGACACCGCAUCCAGAUACCAUGACGACGUGCAGUCGCUGUUUAGCGUGCAGCUUCGAUUUGCGAAUGCGGAUAAGGAGAUGAAACGUAUUUUUGGGGUUAAACAAGGGAGUCACGGUAAUACCCGAAGACGUGGCGAUCCACGGGGGGGAGCAAGAGUGACGACGAAGAAGGUCAUGUUGGUAUCGCCCACGGAUGACUGGCCACGUCCACCCACGUUUGUUGCUGGUGGUAUUCGCUGGACGCGAUCGAACAAGCCCAAGGGUGCUGGCUGGAACAGCUUGUGCAAUUACUUUGAGCUCACGUGGUCGAUGGCUUACAAGAAGUUGCAAGAAGAGUUUGAGGUUCUCCAGCAGACGCAUGACCCGAACCUCAUUGCUCAGUUUUUGCAGCGCAACCCGUACCAUGUUGACGCGUUGCUCACGAUGAGCGAGGUGUACCAGCACCACGGUCAAAUGGACCACGCAACUGAUUGCAUCAAGCGAUGUGUGUAUAUGCUGGAGCUAGCAUGGACGGACCAGUUCGAUGUAUCGAGGGGAAACUGUCGCAUGGAUAUCCAAACAGAGCACAACACGGGCUUCUUUAAGGCGUUGUUCCUGCUAAUGAAGCAAGUUGGACGACGAGGAUGCAUGCGAAGUGCCUUCGAGACGUCCAAAUUACUCCUCAGCAUGGAUCCUCAAGGAGACCCUAUGAACGUACUUUUGGCGAUCGACUACUACGCGCUAACGUCUCGUCAAUGUCAGUUCCUUAUCGACUUGGUUGAGUCCAAGACACCGGCUGUAGAUAGAUUCGCGAGCAGUGACAAGGGAUAUGAGAAGAGCAGCAAGAGUGCUUCUCCAGGCACGUCAGACACUAUCGCAGCAUUGCCAAACAUGCAAUUUUCGAUUGCACUCGCCUAUUUCUUUUUAGGCAACGAGACGGAAGCUCAAGACCGGCUGGCUGCUGCGUUGCUCAAGUUUCCGACUAUCUUGAAGCCACUACUGGAAAAGAUCGCUGCCAAUCCGUUCUCAUCUUCGUGGCAACCAAUAUUAUCGAGUCGCGUAUUUGCCAAUGCUCGGAGUAUCGACGGGAAGCCUAGUAUCGAUGGGAAGCCGAGCGUGCUCCAGCAUUUGUUAGACAUUUAUGUCACAAGAAACUUCUCUGUAUGGAAAGUGAUCGACGUGCAGGCGUUCCUGCGUCGCAGCGCGCAGCACGCUCUUGACAGCCCAUCCUUGGUAUCUGCGAAUACGCAGGUGCUGGAGCUGCCUCCGUGCUUGGACAAGUACCUUCGUGCUGUCAGCGCAGACUACUCGGACGAGGUCACCACGUUGCCAGCUGACCACCCGAUGCUGCAGCCACCGCAGCUUCAAGAUGGUCAGCCACUAAAUGCAGAGGCUCUCGCUGCGCUUGUGCAAGCACAAGAGGAGAUAGAAGCGGGCAACUUGCCGGCCGACGCCAACCCACUGCUGCUGUUCUUGCAGACGAUGCUGCCAUGGAACCACGUGCAAGGUGCUGGUCAGCAACAAUAA